AUGUUUCGGCAUCAGACGCCAAAGGAGAUUCGAAGCGAGUAUGCCCAAAUGAUGCUCACGGGCCUCUUCACCGGGCUUGCCGCGGCAAUACACCCCAUUUUUUUUAUUGGCACCAUUGGUGGACUGGUUCGCAUCCGCAGGACAAAACGUGCGGAAGUCGACCGAGACGCAGGAACGAAGAAGAUGGACGAGCUUAAUCGGGCAGUCAAGGAGAAACGCGCUGCGUUGAAGGCCCACAUCGAUGCACUUGCUCGUAUUGUCGGGCUCUAA